AUGCAAAGCCAAGAGCGUAACGCUGCAGCGCUGACCCAGCUCAUUGAGCUACAGCAGCGACCCCAACCAAAGGAGACGUAUCCACUGCAAUUCACCGGCAAGCAUGCUGACAACGCUGUGGAGUGGCUGGGCAAAUAUGACUACCUUUGCCAAUGCAAUCUCUGGCUCAGCGACGACCAGAAGCUCCGAUCUCUGGGCAAAUACCUGAAGGAUGCCGCCUGGACUUGGUACAACACUGCUGUGCUGCCGCUUAUUGACACUCUCAGUUGGACAGACUUCAAAACGUCCUUCCUUGACCGCUACGGCUUGACGGUCGACCAAGCCCUGCAGCGCGCUUUCACCAGAAACCAGAAGGAGCAUGAGGGCGUUACAUCCUUUGCAGAUGACAUCCAGCGACUUCUCCUUCAAGCUGGAACGGAGAUCCCUGACAGCCUGUAUAAGUUCGCCUUCACCAGAGGACUUCGCACCGACCUUGCUAGUGCGCUGGCCAUCACCAUGCCUAAGUCUUUCGAGGAUGCUCUGCGCAAUGCUCUGGAUCUGGAGGCUGCUUACAAAACCCUCCGGCCUGCGCACAAGGCGCCCGCCGCAUAUGAGGCGUUGGAGGUGCUUGUUGAGCUUGAGGCUCCUGCUACUGACGAGCCGUCUCAAGAGCGCAUUGAGGAGCCACAAGCCAACCACGUCAACUUCUUGCAAGCAAUGCUGCCUCCAAACGAGACUAAUACCUUCUACAGCGACAAUGAUGAUGAAGAUUUUCUCGAGUGGAACUGGGGCGCUACUAGCGAAGGCGCUGCACCACAAGCUAGUGCUUCAGCGCCGCGACCGCUUGCCAAUCUGUAUUCCAUGCAGCCGACCCUCAUCAGUCCAACCUGGCCUCAAUCCUACAAUUUCACGAGGCUACCAGUCUUCACGAUCGUGCCGCCUAUCCCUGCGCCGCUGCAUCCUGCCUUGUCUGGCCUGAGCCUGCCUGCACUUGAGGAUGCGCCGACCGCUUCCCUGCCGCCGCUCUUGGGGGGGGUCAUGUUGACCGCCAAAUUUCCGCCAGACCCAGGCAUACCCCAACACAGCCUCCUCGGGACACUUUGCCUCAGCCGCGAUGAUCCGCUGCAUCACUGCCGCAUCGAUGUGUCAGGGGUGGCCUCUGUGCCGUAUGAUUCCACCGCGCCGCCGCCGCCGCCGCCGCCGCCGCCGCCGCCGCCGCCGAUACCGCCGCUACCGGCAUCAGACCAUAGCGCGCCCUGGCGUCAGCUGUUCUUUUGUAUCAAGCUGAUCAGUCUCGAGGACGUGACUGGCUUUGGAGGGGGUAGGGAGGAGGAGGCAGGAGCGGAGCGCAAGGGGGGCCGGCGGGCGCGAGAGGAGCGCCGGAACCCCGGGCUUGGGGAAGAAGCAGGGGGAGGAGGGGCGGAUGUGGGAGGAGCCCGGGGGGGCGUAGCACGGCGGUUUGAGCGACGAGGGUCGAAGGGGACGGGUGGAGCGGCGCAAAGGGGGACGGCCAGCAGGAAGGGGGCCAGGGAGGUGGACGUCAGAAGGGGAAGGAAAACGGCGACGUUUGCACUGGAGAUGGAAAUUGUUGCGCACGCGGCAGGUGGCUUCAAUGAUGGAGAGGUGGAGGGAGACCUCGAGCUGGGAAAGGGCACGGGAGGGAUGAGGAAGGCCGCAACGGGCGAGAGCGGCAGCGUUGGGGAGGUCGCGGUGGCCUUCAGCAUCCUGGAAGAGGUAACAGGAGCCAAGCGGGCCUUGGCGAAUGGCGGUGGCGAUCAUGUGGACAGCAUCCCCAUGGCGGCGGCAUAUGACAUCUUGCAUGGAAGGGUGACGACAUCCGCCACACUGGUGGGCGAGGGAGCAGUGGUUGGCAUCGCAGAGGGGGCAAGCAUGUGGGCGGGACGGGUCAGCUGUGGCGGACCGCUUGCAGGGAACGGUGGGGGCAAAACGAAGACGGAGGGCGGUUUUAAUAUGGGAGAGGCGGAGGCGUUUGGCGCGGCCGGGAAGAUGGUGGUGCUAGAGUGGUUGGGUAUUGAGGCCAGAAAACGCCCCGGCCGUGAGAAGGGGAGGAGUGGUAGGGAUAUCGCGGAAGGCAAUGUGUAUGGCGGCAAGCUCAGCACGGAGGACCGUGUUGAGGGAGCGGUCAUGGUCAGCAAGGCGGAACAUCCAGCGACGGUCGCGUGCCGGGUGGAACACCGCAGCAGAGAGGGAAGUACCGACUUUGCUACCGGAGUGGACGGCGGGGUGGCGAAGGAGGCGGCGAAGGCCUGCUUGGGGCGGUAG